AUGGCAAGUAAAACAAGCAAAAACGUCAAGAAAGAGGCAAGACCACGGUCUCCCCCAGAUAAGCGUCUGAAGGCCUCUGAAGAGUUCUCCUCAUGUUUGUCCGUGGAGGCGCCGCAGAGCCCCACACUCAAAGGGGAGGAGGUCCAGGCCUUGCUCAUCAAACAGGAGGAUCUGGAGAAGUUACGGGUGCCUCAGCCACCCAGGGCGUCCCAGAAAUCGCGGGCGACGACUCACGUCCUGGUCCGUAAGACAUGCCCACCUGAUGAGGUCAAGAAGAUAGUUAGGGUCGCUGUCGCAAGACCCCUCCCACAAGACACUGUGGCUGAGCCACUGGACUACACAGGUCCCGGAGGCCCUCGUUUUGAUUCCAACGGGAUGGUCUUGCCUCACAGCAUUCUGGGAAGCCUGAGGGACUUUAAGUGUGAGAUGGAAGCCAGAGGAGAAAUGGAGCUUGUCAAACGGGUGCCUGAUCUUAGAAGAGAGCCCCCUCUCCAGGCUGGAGGUCUGAGGUGCAAUGAGAAGCCCAGACUCUUCCCCAGUGAGCAGCACUACAUCCAGAGACACGCCCUUCAGCACUGGGAUCGUCACAUGACACAGCGUCGUCGACAGCAGGACUUCAUUUCCGAACUCCUGCAGAAACCAGUGGAGCAGCUUCUGAUGACUCAGUCCAGCCAUUUCCGACAGACCCAGGAACAGAGAGAGCUCCUCUCCAGAGCUCUACCUGCACUGCACUCAGGACAUGGCUAUCGUGUGGGUAGUGAGUUCUGGAGUUUGCCACAGCAGUUUGGAGAUGAUCUGAGUGGGAUUACGGCCACUCUGACUCAGACUGAGAGAGGCAAACCUGCGCCUGUUACACACAUCAGCCAACCACAGACCUUACGCCUGGAGUCAGGUAACCUGUUGCCUGAUCAGUCAGACUCAGUGAGAAGGAAGUGGGACAGCAGUGUUUACCUUCAGCAGCGUCGCCAUGAGCUCAGAGACGUUCUCUCAGAACUGGACUUUAACCAGCCUGAGACUGACAGACUGGAGGUGAUAGGCUCUGCUCUACCUUUUCGUUCAGUCACAGUGAGGAGUUCAGACCCACUGGGGGAAGAGAGGGAGGACCAGGAGAGUGAGAGAGAGGGAAAUGAUGCAGAGCCAACGGAGAAUGAAGAUCCUCUGGCCAUGUAUGAGGAUAUUGUGCAGGAAGCCGUGCUGGUCCCUGCCCUGCGCUUCUGUGGAGAACUGGCCUCAUGGACAGACAACACAGCUCCAGCUCACAAGGGGGAUGUUGGCAUUUGUGCCCGUUUAACUUUUGAGACGGUGGUUGGGCAGAGGGUAUGUUCACAUGUGGACUUGGAGAAUGAAGGCAGCACUGCCAUAUACUACAGCUGGCAGAGAAUUCCCCAAGCAGAGAGCUUCCCUGGCGUUCAGUCACACAGACACACACAGUACUUCUACUUCAAUUCCUCUACAGGUGUGAUUUUGCCAGGGGACCAUCAGCGUAUAGUUUUUACCUUUAAGUCAGAGGGUCCAGGCGUCAUGAGAGAGGUGUGGCAACUGUCUACUCACCCUGUCCUGCUGGGCGGAGCUUCACUACAGCUCACCCUGUGGGGCGUGGCCCUCUACCAGGACAACACAGCAGACCAGAGAGCAGACCUGGAGCUGGAGCUGCAACAGAGAGAGACAUGGUCCAUAAGCAGGUCUUUGGUGUCUGAACUGCUGCGUGGGGUUUGUACCCCAGAGAGGCCUGGUUCUCCAGCUCAACUCUACAUAACAGAGGAGGACCAGUUCCACACCAACAACCCUACUCUACAUUAUCAUCACAGGACUGUAGAGGCUCUAAAGGACCUGUGGGAAUGUGUUAUAAGAUCAGAGGUCAAAGGGUCAGCCAAUAUUGAAAGUAAAGACACGCCCACAGAGGGCUGCAUAUGGGACCUGUCUCUGGAAAGCCUCAGACAGCUGAUCCUGACCAUACCUAAGGGAGAGCCUGAGGAGAACGGCACCGCCGGGCCGUGCCUGGAGGAGGCUCUGACUGAAUAUAACGCUCUUAUUCUGGAACUCCUCAAACCUGCGCCUCCUUCUCCUCCCAUCUCACUGCACACUGUAGGGUUGCAGCUGUGGAGAGAACUGCUGGACGGACUGGGCAGCAGUGCCCUGCGGCUCCGACUCAGACUGGGACUGCCCGAGCCCCACACCUGGGCUGAGUCACACAGCAAGCAGGAGAUAUGGGAAAAGAUGAAAAAGGAGGAGAGACCUGAGAAGAAAGGUGUAACUAUAGUGAAAGAUGAGAAAAAAGGAGGGAUUCCCAAAGACAAAGAGGAGAAGAAAGGCACUGCCAAGCCACCAGCCAAGGAGAAACCUGCUGAGGAUCGUCUGGGCGCGGGUAAGAGGCGGGUUCGAGAGGAGAGGCGUGUGGAGAGAGAGCUGGACACCAGUCUGAACAGCCCUGAGGAUGAAUGCACACAACAGGACCUGCACACCACAGAGUCCAGCCUGCAUUACAGAUACUACACACAGCUCCACCAACAGGUAUAUUUUCUAAUGGAGAGACUGGUGGAUUCUCUUUGUGAUCUACUUGAUGAAGCAUGGGAGAGUCAACCAGAACUUCAUAGACUCAUCUGA